AUGCAGCAGCCUACAGAAGGAUACGGCAGGGACAGAGAACGGGGCAACACUGGGUACAGGCCCAGGGGCAGGGGGGACGGCGAGCAGGUGUACAGAGGAGGCGGCAGGGGAGACCGCGAGCCCCAGCAGGCAGGCUUUGGCAGCGGCUACGCCGGAGGCAGGGCGGGGCGGGGAGGCGGAGGCGGCAAUGGCCGCGAGCAACAUGCAAGCCCGCACUUCAUGGCACCGCACCCAGGCAUGCCACCGCACCCGCUGGCGGGCGGGCCCCACCCUCCCCCUCUGCCUCACAUGGACCUUGGCAUGCCGCCGCCUCCGGGGGUGAUGCCGAUGCCGCACCACCCCCCCCACCCCUCGUGGGGCCGAGGGGUACCGGUGCACCCCUACCACAUGCCCCCGCCGGUGCACCACCCUGCAGCGCCGCUGCCCGGCCACCCGGUUGUGCACCCAGCGGGAGUGCUGCCCCACAUGCAGCCGCAUGCCCCCGCAUCGGCAGCAUCAGCAGAGCUGCCGCAGCAGCCGCUGCCCGCGGGGCUUGUGCCAGAGGUUGUUGGCAGCAGCAGCGGCAGCAGCAGCGGCGAUGUGGGUGCAGGCGAGAAGCUGCAGCAGCUUAACAUUCAGGAGCAGUCGUCGCCCCAGCAGCCCGCAGCAGCACCUGCUUCUGCCUCUGAAGCGCCGCCUGUGGCGGCUGCAGUAGCAGCAGCAGAGGGUGCCCCCAUGCAGCAGCAGCAGCCAUCUGUAGAGGUGCCUGCUGGAAUAGCCCCGGUGCAAGUCGUGGCCACUGCUCUAGAACCCGAGGGGCCUGUGCAGCCACCAGCCGCUCAGCCCGCAGCAGCAGUUGAGCAGCAGCAGCAGCAGCCACCCACUUUGGCAGAGCAAGUGCAGGGAGCAGAAGGAGCAGUGGCACCCGCUCUGCCAGAUGGGACGGCAAACGCAGCAGCGGGAGCCGAUGCAGUGCCCGAGCCGGCAGCAGCAGCGGCAAGUGUGGCCCCGCCUGCAGCGCAGGCUCCUGCUGCCCCUAAGUCGUGGGCCGCGCUGGCUGCAAGCCAGGCCGCCCCCGUCAGCACGCAGUUCCGCCCGCACACCACCCCGCAGCGAGCGCCCGGCCACACGCCACCGCCUAGCCUGCAGCAGCAGCAGCGGCAGCAGCAGCAGCACCCGCACCCCCACGCUCACCCGCACGCAGCGCAUGCCGGCCGGGGGGGCAGGGGGCACUAUGGCGGCCGCGAGGGUCCGCACAGCGGCAGGAGCAGGGGCCGGCAUGGCCACAGCGGCAGCAGGGACGGCCGCGAUUUCCUGGCCCCCCACCAUCAGCAGCCCGUCAUGAUUAGCAGCCAGGCCAAUGGCGGCAGCCCCAGGGCCACGAGGUCUGCAGCAUCUGCCGCCUCUGCGCCCACGGCAAUAACAGCGGCAGCCGCGCCAGCUGUUGCCAGCCAGCUGCCAGAGGCGAUGAGGCCGCCCAGCGCCGGCACAGACGCUGCUGCCGCUGCCGCUGCGGCGGCGGCGGUGGCGCGCGUGGAGCCCCGUGGCCUGUUCAACCCUGGCAACCUGUGCUUCAUGAACAGCAUCCUGCAGGCGCUGCUGGGCAGCAGCCGCUUCUGCCAGCUGCUGGCCGCGCUGCGGAAGGCGGCGCCGGAGCUGGAUGCGGCCGCCACGCCCACGCUGGCUGCGCUGGCUGAGCUGGCGGCUGAGUUCAAGCCCGUGGAGGCGCCGCGGGAGCGCCAGGGCGGCGGCGCUGCAGCAGAGGAUGGGCAGCAGCAGGGGGUGGGCGCGGCGGCGGCGGGCGCCGCUAAGGCUGCCGGCCUGCUGAUGCUGGGCGACAGGCCGCUCAUGCCAGGCAUGCUCAUGGAGGUGGUGAACAGCUUCCGCCCGCAUGGCUGCGGCGCCGGCGGCGGCGCCACCAGCACCUGCAGCAUCGUGCUGGGGCCUGGCAAGUCCAACGGCAGCACUGGCCCCAUGUCGCUGCAGGCAAGCCCUUGCGCUACAAUCGCUGCUCCUCGGUGGGAGCAGGAGGAUGCUCACGACUUUUUGGAGUACCUGGUCGACCGCAUGCACCAGGAGUGGGCGCGCCUGUCGGGCGGCGGCGCCGCGCUGUCUGCCACGGCGGCGUCCGCCGCCGCCAACGCGGCCAAGGCGGCUGAGGAGGACGAGUGGCUGACGCGCAGUGGGCGGCGCACCACCAAGCGCCAGCCGCUCAAGACCGACAGUGAGACUACUGUGUCGGGCCUGUUCCGUGGCACGACGCUCAGCACCGUCACCUGCCAGGGCCACCCGCCCUCGGAGACGCCGCAGCCCUUUGUGUCUCUCUCGCUCCACAUCCUGCCCGACAGUGUGAAGUCUGUGGAUGAUGCCCUGGACCUGCUGACCGCCACCGAGAGCAUCAGCGGCUACAAGCCCCAGGACACCUCUGCGCCCACUGAGGCCACCAAGGUUGUGCGCCUGCAGCGCCUGCCGCCGCUGCUCGUCCUCUUCCUCAUGCGCUUCGACCCCGCCAACCUACACCAGAAGAUCAGCAAGCCGGUGGCCUUCCCGCCGCGGCUGAAGAUGAACCGCACCUGGCUGGCGUCCGACAGCGGGGAGCGCGGGGCCGAGUAUGAUCUGGUGUCCACCGUCACUCACCACGGCAAGACCAUCGGCAGCGGCCACUACACCGCCGACGUGCGGCAGCCGUGUGGCGCGUGGCUGCACUUUGACGAUGACAGAGUGGACAAGGUGUCUCAGCAGCAGGUGCUCACCUCGCGCCCAUACCUGCUGUUCUACCAGCGCGUGUAG